AUGGCCAAGAUAAUAAAAUCUAUAUUUAACACGUCAGAGAGACGUAAGUCCCGGUUUGAGGACAAAGAGGAAGAUGUUCCAUCACCAGACCUUAGAAGGAAGUUGUCUAUUUCUAGAUCGGGGAGAAUGAGGCAGGCGAACAAAAAACGACAAUCGUUGUCUUUGGAGGUUUAUGGGCAGGAACAUCAAGACAAGCAAAAAACAGUGGAUCAGAAAUCGGACACAAAAAGGCGACAUAGUACAGAGUUAUCACCCGAAGAAGAAAUAGAUAGCGCGUUUGAGAUUAUAGACAAGACGCAGUGA